CCCAACUCAAACUCAAAGGUAGCAUUUGCACUUUGUUUGUGUCGCCUUUAACAAUAACAUGCAUGCUCACACUCACACUCAUCAUAUACCCUCAACUCACACUUAGGAUUUCACACUGAAUCACACUUCAAUCUUCAAACUUCACUUCACCAAUGGGAUCCUCUGUUUUAACCAACAACACAUUGCUUUCUCCCAUUUCUCAUCCUUCCAAAUCCAUUUCCUAUCAACCCAAAUUCUCAUUUCUCAAAUUCCCCAACUCCAGAUCGCAUCUCUUGUCUACCCAAUUGAGGAAAACCACCACGUUUUGUUCCUCGGAUGCUGCUAAUGACCCUAAACAAGAUACCCCCAUCGAAUUAAGGUAUCCCGCAUUCCCAACCGUCAUGGACAUCAAUCAUAUUCGUGAGAUUUUACCCCACAGGUUUCCUUUUCUUCUGGUAGAUAGAGUGAUUGAAUACAAUCCCGGAGUUUCUGCAGUCGCCAUAAAGAACGUAACAAUAAAUGACAACUUUUUUCCAGGACAUUUUCCAGAAAGGCCAAUCAUGCCUGGUGUUCUAAUGGUUGAGGCAAUGGCACAAGUUGGUGGUUUGGUCAUGUUGCAACCUGAAGUGGGAGGUUCUCGUGACAACUUCUUCUUUGCUGGAAUAGACAAAGUGCGAUUUCGUAAGCCUGUGAUUGCAGGAGACACCUUAGUUAUGAGAAUGACACUUAUUAAGCUGCAAAAGCGAUUUGGAAUAGCAAAGAUGGAAGGUAAGGCAUAUGUUGGAGGUGAGGUUGUGUGUGAGGGUGAGUUUUUGAUGGUUACAGGAACCGAAUAAGUAGACAUAUUCCUUCCAACCGAAAUACAGUUGAUUUUGCUGCAUCUUUUGAUUAAAUGCUUCUGCAUUUUGAAUGCAGAACUUUGUGAACGUUUAAUUUACAUUUUCAAUGAAAUCUAUCUGAAUAUUUUGUUCUUUAUGGCUUUGCUUUCGUUGUUUAGAGCGAUAUUAUCUUUUAUCUAUGAACAUAUAAGCAUUUGACCUUAUAUGCUCUCAUUCAGAUUUGUUUUCAGAGUGUAGGAAUCCAAGCUAACUC